AUGCAGAGCGAUAUAAUUGUAAGCACAGAUAUACCUGAGUAUAAGAAAAGUAGGAUGAACAUGAACGGUUUGGUAGAUAUAAGUGCCUAUAAUGGUAGUGGUGGUAAUGGCACCCCUGGGUGCAGGGAGGAAACGAAUGAAGGAAAAACAAGUGGACUAUAUGAAAAAGGGAAUGUAAUUAAUUACGACCAUAGAAGUAGUACCACUUUUAAAGAUGACAUGGAAAGUAGCAACCAUUGCAAUAUUUCUCCUGUCGAGAUAAAAGUUUCAUCGAUCCCCUCACCAAUUAAUGAGCAAAAGGGUAUUAGUAACUCUAGCGAUACAACACAUGUAACAUCCAUUUCAGUAAUGAGUAAAAAUUAUGAGAACGGUCACAGUAGUAAUAAAUGCGCAAAUGGUAAUUAUGAAAAGGUUGCAGAAAAGGAGGAGGAGAGGAGGAAGGGCGAAAUGUUUAUGCGUAAUGUUGACGAUUUGGGGAACCCCCAAAAAAGCAAUAGACAUAAUAGUAUGGAGGAUGGUGCGAACAGCGGGAUGAAGUCAACUUAUGCAGGAGAGAUUCGCGCUGAUGAUAGUGAACGUGGCUCAAAUUCUUCUCCGAAUGGUGCGGAGGAUAGUGGAGUGGCCAAGAAGGAAUUCGGGGGUGAGAAGGUGAUGGACUCAGGAGCAAAAUGCCCCACUGUAAACGCGUCAAUUGAUGCAACAAGUGACUCCAAGAAUAACGAUGCGCCAGUGCGUUACAGCCAAAGUAGCGCUGGCGAUCAGAAUGAUUCCAAUGCCUUUUAUUCGUCUGUACACGUAAGGAGCGUUAACGCCACGAGCGACGUUUGCGCAGAUGUGUCAAAGUUGAAUUCGAUGACAGUAAGUAAUGUGAAUAUGAAUAACGAUUCUGUUUGUACAAACGUUAUAGAUGGGGGAGAAGGCACCCCCAAGGAUGUUAAUCGCAAUAAUUGCAGAGAUAAAGUGGCAAACGUGGAAAGUGUCACGCGGAAGGAAGGCGAGCAGUUCAAAAGUGGGACCGCUGAGGAGAGCACUAACAAUCACAGCGACAACGUGCGCAGCGCGAGUACAGGUGCGAGCGGAAAUACCACAGGUAGUGGAAGGAACGAUAGCAGUAAUAGUGGGAAAAACUCCAGCAGUAGCAACAAUGGAAGUAACGGAGGUAGCGCUAGUGGAGGAAGUGGUAACGGAGGAAACGGUAACGGAGGAAGUGGUAACGGAAGAAGCGGAAGCGGAGAGGAUGGAGAAAAUGACGGAGAUAAGCACAGGAAGAACAACCAACAUGACGCGGGAAGUGGAGAAGGUAGCGGCACCUUGGAAAACCCCAACGAGGGAAAGAACGCGGAAAGCAAUGAGAAAAAUGGAAACAGUGAUGAUCAUAACAACGGUCAAAAAAAGGACGAACAUAGUAGUAGCAAAAAUGGAGAUGGUGGUAACCGAAGUAAUAACAAUGAUAAUGGGAAGAAGAAAAAAAAUAGUAAUAACGUUGAAGGAAAAAAUGGCAACGGCAAAGGGCAUUCAGGGUCGUCGUCCCAAUCGAACAGUAAUGAUAUCUCUGCGCCAGUUAGUUCGCUAAACGCAGAUGCACCUGAGUUUGUUCCAUCGACGAAAGGAAUGCAAGGAAACCUAUCCUUCAACAAUUUAAUGUGGAACCAUUAUUAUCAAGAUAUGUCUAAUGGAGCCUUUGGAGGAGUGACAAGCAAUGGACUGAUUAAUAACAUGGUUCCACAGGGUAGCAAUAGUAUGAUGAAUCCUAACCCAUUAUUAAAUCCUCUUGGUGGAAUGGGUCAUGGUCCAGGUGAUCUGAUGAAUCUUUCGAAUUCAACUCAUAUGUCAGCAUCAACUGGUGGUAUAGGCUUAAACAUGCCGAAUAAUGCAGGUGUAAUGUUAUCCCAGGUGAAUAAUAUGUGUAAUAUGGAUGCCCGAAAUGACAAGGCAAAUCAUACCAUUAGUGGUGUGUCUACCACACCUGGUGGGAAUAUGAAUAAUAACGGGGGUAAUAAAUCUGUGAGUAGUACCAAGAUGGGAAACAACAAUAAUAAUGUGAACGCAAGUGGUCAUGAAAAUAGCGUGACGGCAACUUCGUCAAACAUUAUGCAUGGUGCGGGAGGGACAGGUGUAAUAGGGAAAGCAAGUGGAAAUAACAGUAGCACAGAUUCUAACUUUUUAAAUCAAAGUGGGAUGCUAUCAGGAAUGAAAAACAUGAGAGGGAAUAAUUUUAUGAACGGUUCUGAGAAUUCUGGUCCUUCGCCAUUUCACACGAUAGAUUCACAUAAUGCAGGACAUCAUCAAGCUUUUCAGCCAAAUGGAUCCAUGAUGCAUCCACCUAAUUUUUACGUUAACAACCCGUAUUUAAUGAAUAACCGUCCACAUGUACACCCCCCACACCAUCCUCAUCACCCUCACCCGAAUGCUUUACCUGGACCCCCUCAGUCAUUAUUUACUCCAAUGUCAUAUGGAAAUUCAUUAGGAUCAGGUAAUGUACCUCAUGAUUUUCCCUUCCCACAACCUCCCCCUUCUGUUUAUGGUUCCUUUGGAAACAAUACAAACUUGAUUGGAAGCAACACGACUGCUUUAUCAUCCUCGAAGAACGGAACAAUGAAUAUCAAUCCCUAUUCUUUCAUGCCAUGUGGAUUACCUACACAUCCUGCCCCUCCUCAGUUACAGCAUAAUGCCCCCUUAAAUUUGACACCCCCUCUGGAAACGCACUUCAUUUCAGGAAAUUCUGCCAACGCAGCUCCGCCUUUAAAAAUGUCUUAUAAUCAUAUACCCCAGGCGAACAGGCGAAAUAUGUUUAAUCAUUUUAACAUGGGUAACGUGCAUGGCGGGGGGGGUAACCUGACGGAUAGCAACUUCGAUCCUAGCGUUAGUAAUAAUAAUAGUAACAUGGGUAAUGUCAUUGGAGGUGGAGGCACAGCGCCGGGCAUGACGUACGGCUAUGGAAAUUUCAGUGCAACGCAUAAUGUGAAUGGUAACAACAGUGGUACUCUCCUCCCGACGAGCGAAAAUGUUGGAUGCAACAACAACAACAGUGGCGGUUCUGGCGCUGCAAACGGGGGUGCAAAUAGUAACGCCAAUAACGGUGCUAAUAACGGUGCUAAUAAUGGUGCUAAUAACGGUACUAAUAAUGGUGUUAAUAAUGGUGCUAAUAAUGGUGCUAAUAAUGGUGCUAAUAACGGUGCCAAUAACAGUGGAAACAACAGCACGAGUGGAAUGCACGUAACCACAGGAUUAGGAAAUAGCAUGGGGAUGAGCAACACAAGUGGGAAUGUAAUGUCUAUGAAUGGACCGUUGAAUAUGGCGAAUGUGAAUGGUACUAAUGUAACGCCCAUGUCACAUCAUGUUAACCAAAUGAACAACGUUAUUGGGGGUGCCGGUGGAGGAACUCCCAUGGGAUCAAUGACUACAGGAGGAAUGCACGUAGGGAAUAUCCAAAUGAAUCACAACAUGAUGGUGAAUAACAUGGAGGGAAUGGGGGGGCAGAUUGGAGGAGCAGUAGUUACGAAGCAACAGAAGAGAAAUAGUACAUACAGCGAAAGGAACAUGAACAAUGGAGGUGGAAAUAAUAAUAAUAACAACAACGGUGGUAAAACAGGUGCUCACCGGGAUAGCAAAGGAGGAGGAGUAUCAUCCGGUUUGACUUCAUACGGAAAACAAGACAAUAAGAAAGGCAAUAAAUACAGUGGAAAUGGAACAGGAGGAAAUAACAUGAAUGUAAAUUAUAAUGCCCAUUCAGGUAGCACCGUGACUCAUGCCAUGGGCAGUGGAUCGAAAAAUAUAUACGUGAGUGCAAAGGGGGCUAAACAGGAAGGGCUCUACGGAAGGGAUGAAAAUGGAAACACGAGUACCACACCCCCAGGUGUGUCUUUAUCUCAAGGGAAUAACUAUUUUGGUAAAGGAUCCACAGGGAAUAAUAAUAACAACACGAUUUUGUCAACAGGUUCAGGUAGCCAUAUUCCGAAUAGCAACAACAAUAUGAAUAGUGGUGGUUUACACCAGAAGGAGUCGGAUUUAGGUGUCUGCGUGAAUGAGAAUUUAGACGACACGAAUGGAAGUAAACUUGUGCAGUACGAUGGUAACACGAACGAAGGGGGAAAAGGCCCCUUGAAGGGAAAAGCGGGAGCAUUAGGUAACGUUAAUAAUAUCAAUAAUGUUAGGAACAAAGGCAGGAACAACAGUAGCAAUUCGAACAAUUUGGGCUCCACCCAUGUUGCUGUUCCUAACAGCAACAAUGAAACUACAAUAUCUGGGGAUAAGAGAUUCUUUAACAAGCAUGAAAAAAAUAAGGAGGAUUACAAAGGGGUUAAAAAUUACGGUACUAACAAAGUGAGUGAAGAGAAAGGCAUCUACAAUCACAUCGGAGGAGGAGCAACAACAGCAGGACCAGUAGCAUCUAAGAAGGAUGCCCCUAAGGAUAACAAUAAGGCGGGCACAAAAAAUGUUGAUGUGCAUGUGAAGAAGCCAUAUAGCGAUAUGCUUGCACAUUCAAAUAGCGGUAAUAUGGUUAACCAACAACAACCUCAUGGCAACAACAGCAAGCAACAGGGAGUUUACAACAGUAGUGGAAAAUAUCAGGGUACUGUCGACAAGCGAGUGGGACACAUAAGGAAUGUUGAAGGGGGCAAGGGUGCAAAUGAGAAGAAGUUGAAAAAUGAGGAUGAAAGGAAGUUCAAGGAGAAGGAUAACAACAACAUGGUAGCAGGAUCUGGUGGAGCGGCAAAGAGUGUAGCAGGGAAAGUGGGAUCUACAGCGACGGGAGGAAGAGACGGAAGUAAUUUUACCGGUCCAAAUAUGAAUGAGGAGGGGAUGCCUACAAAUAACGAUACCGUGAAUGGUAAGAAAUUGCCAACUGUUGAAGGAUCUGAACAGGCGAAUGGCCCCUACCCAAAUGGCAACUACAACGGAAGUGGUAUAAACAACAAACAGAACGCAAGUUAUGCGAAUGCGAAGAAUGCAAAAAAUUAUGAAAAGAAAAGUACGGAAUUUUCUUCGUGGGUAAAAAUUGCGAAAAUGAACCCUAAUAAAAAGAAAGGAUAUAAGAACAGCCCAAAUGAACAAGAGGAAAGUGAAAGUAAUUAUGGUACCCCAGCGGGAGGUGUUGCUGAAGGAAGUUCCGUUGCGAAUGCUAAUUUGAAAUACCAUGAUGGUGGUAACACAGAGAAGGGAAUCAGUGGCCACCCUCAUGGUAUGGGAGGCGUAAGUACUGUGGAAGAUCCAAGCAACAACGCAUCUUCUAACAAUGCGAAAGGUAAAGGAUUAAAUAAUGAAAGUGCAAGAGGAGGAUACUCCAAAGGAGAGAAUUCCACCAUCAAUGGAGCGGUGCAUAUGGGACACGAAAAUGGACCCCAGACUAAUAGUCAAAAUAGCAGAGAUGGAAAGAAGAGAAAAGAUGAAGAAGAACAAAGAGCAGAGAGACACAAAGGAAUGACGAAUAAAGUUAUGAAUGGAAUGAGCAACAAUAAUAAUCUGCUCCAUUACAGCAAAUCCAGUAGAAGGGGGAGUGAAGACAAAAGCGAUAUCAUGAUGAAUAAUAAUGCGAAGAAUAAAAAAUUAGCCACCUAUGUAAGCGGAAAAAAUAGUAGUUACCAUGAUAAGGAGAGUAUUAAAGAAAGGGGAGGGAAAAUGAAGUACGACAAUAGCAGUAGCGGAGUCGUGAAGAGGAUGGAUAUGGUGAGUGAGCGAAGGGUAGGAGGAAGUGGUGGUGGAAAUGUUACGAACACAUCUGGAAAUAUUUAUUCCUCCCACCGACAGAGAGAAAAAAUGAAAAUUCAAAACGUCGAAAUUAAGCAGAUUAAUGAAAAGGUUAUGAAGCGAAGGAGUGAGGAUCGUAAAGAUGUCACAGAGAAAAAAGGAGAACUUCAGGAACAUGGAAAAAAGACCAAUCACACAGGUAGCAAUAACAAACAUGGAGAGAGGGAGGAACAAUCAGAUGUAGUGAAGAAACAAGGAAGGGACCAUGCGUAUGAGGAGAAAACCAAGGCCCAUUGUAACGGGGAAUUAAAAAAUGCCGACUAUGAGAAAGAGGUGAAUGAUCAAGAAUCUGCAAUAUCAGCAGGAACUGGGAGGGAUGAUGGCGUUAAGAAGACCCACACAACGAACGCAUGGGCAACUGAGUUAAGAGGCGAAUCGAGCAAGAAUAAAGACGAAGCCUAUCAGAAUGACAGCGUGAACGAGAAUAACGCACAUGUUGGCGGAAGUAGCAAUGCCCGUGAUAAUAACACGCAAAUGAAAAAGGGUGAAAAUGGUCAUGUGGGUAAGGAGGACAGCUCUAAGCAUGAAGGAGGGUCAAACGAAUAUCACAGCCAAGGGUCGAAUCAGAAUGCCAAUCUUAAUGCCAAUGUGAGUGCAAAUAUCAGUGGCAGUGCUCAGGACAAUGUCUCCGUGUCGACCUAUUCCAAUUCGAAGAACUCCGUAUGGGAUGGAAAGAUCUCCUUUGCCGAAAUGGCCAAGAGGAAGCCAAAGAAAGAAACGAAAGAGCCAAGAGAAGGAGAUUCCAAAAAUUCCAAGGCAGAAUUGUCGCAGAACGAUAGGAAGAAUAUGCAACAUGGAUCUAACCAGAAGGGAGAUAAAUCGUCCAAGAGGAGAGACCAACGUGGAAAGAGAUAUGGCUCAAACAGCACUAUUCGCGAGAAGCCAUCAGGAGGAGGAACGACACUUCACCCAAGAGGAGGAGAAAAUAACGACAAGAAAAAUUACAACAGUGGUAACAUCAAUGAUGGUAGCAACAGCACCAUCAGGGACAGUGGCCGGGGAGGUGCAAGUGAAGUUAGGAAGAGAAACGACUUGAAGGAACACAUGAAGAAAGGGUAUGAUGGUGGAAGCGUGGAAUCCAACAUGAGGGAUUCCAGGAAACGCGGAGUAGCCACAUCAGGAGCAGUAGCAGAUGCGUCGAUAAAGGGACCUAAUAAUAAGAAAGAGGAGAAAGAUAUGGUGGAGCAUGUAAUAGCUGAUCAGAAUGGAACUCUUUCCGAGGAUGAGGGAUCGAAUGACCCCCAUCAGAAAGGCAAAGUCGAGAAAACCAAGGACGGAUUGCGGGAUGACACUAUAGAGGAAGGAAAGGAGGAGGAAGAAGAAAUGAGCAAGGAUAAAGCAACUGUGGAGGUGGUUGAUACGGUUGACGCGGUUGAUGCGGUUGAUGCGGUUGACGCGGUUGACGCGGUUGACGCGAUUGAUGAGGUUUGUCCCGAUGUCGCUUCCCAAUCGGGUGAUCUCCAACAAGAAAAGGAAAACCCCAAAGAAAUGUUUCACGAGGGUGAAGAAAGGAUGCUUAAUCCCGUCGCCCACCAUGAUACGGAAGAUGCCCCAAUCGGGGAGGGAAAUAAUAAUAAAAUAACGGAUCAUAGUGGAAGUAGCGGCGUUGCCAAAUCUUCUCCUCCGACAGAUGCAGAUGCUGCUAUGAAACGAACAGAUGAAUUUAUCGAGAAGGAUGGAAAGAGAGACGAAAUGAAAGAAGGUGCAGAAAAGCUAUUCUCAGAUGGAUUGUCAAAGAGUGAGAAAAUGAAAGUGGAAGAUGCAAAGAACGCUUUGGAGGUAGUGACCUGUGAAGCAGAGGAUCAUGGUAUUCAGGUGGAAGUGGCAAAGAAGGACCAUGUAAUAAGUAACUCUAAUAAGCACUUGUCUGAGAAGGAGAUGAAAGCACAAGUUGUAGAGAAUGAUAGAUUUAGUGUCCUCAUAAAUAGUAAAAUUUCGGAGCCAAGUGGAGACACGAAAUAUGUGGGUGAAGGUAAGAGUAGCCUUGGGGAGAAGAGUAAAGGAGCAUUGGAGAGUGUAAGUAAUGAAAAGGGAAUAGAAGGCACGACAGAAAAUGAAGGAACGGGAAAAUGCUUGCUGGAGGAAGAAAUCAAGUCGGCCAUUACCAUCGACGCUGAAGAGUCGGUCAAGGCAACCAAGUCCUCGAACGAAGAUUUGAUGGCAGGAAAAAAUGAAAAGAACAAAACGGGAAAGAAAAAGUAUGGCCUCUUUAGCGAUAUUAAGAAGUGGGCCAAGGGGAAAUUGACCGAUGGAGGAAACUCGACAAAUGCCACCCUGCAGGAGGAGGAGAAGAAGAGCAAGGGGGAUGGAAGUAAGGAUGAUGUAACGAGCAAAGUUGACGCCGAGGGUAAGGAAAACCCAAGUGACCUCAGCGUGGGUAGUGCAGGCGAUAAGGGCGAUGUGGUGAAGAAGGCAGACGAUAUGGUGAAAAAGGUAGACGAUGUGAUGGCAAAUGUCGACGUAAAGGUGAACGAAGUGAGCGGAACGAGUGACAUGAUUUCCAGCGAGGAUGUCGUACAAACCAUUUUGAAUAACGAAAAGAAGGAGGCCCCACCCAGUGGGAAGAAUGAGGAAAUGAGUGGAAGCGAUGUGAUAUCAUCAGGGGAAGUGGAGCCAAAGAGCAAAGCUGAUGGGUUGUUAGAGUCGCUAGAAAAAAAAGCAGACGAAAUUGAAGUCGAAAAGGAAGGUGAAAAUGUCGCAGCGAAGAAUGGGAAAGAUCAGGAAGAGGCAGAGAAGGAAAAGGAGAAACAACGAAUGAAACAGAUGAAGUUAGAAAAAAUGGCCAAGAGUAAAAUAUACUCGAAAAUUGAUUUGCUGGAAAUAUUUAUUGGAAAUAAAUGGAACAGUGGAGAGGAGAGGUUCAAUUUUAUGUUGUCGUAUAAUCCAGAUGUGGAUAGCCAAAAAGUUGAAAACACCAUGAUGGGUUCUUGUAACGUAAAUCAUCAUAUGGAUACGAAUGGAAUUCAAAUGCACUCGAAUAAUCAUAUGGGUCCUGGAGCCCUUGCACACGAGGGCAAGAGUGUAAUAUACAGUAAAAGGUAUAUGAAUAUGCUUGCUGCGAGUGGUGGGCAUGGAAGUGGUGGAAGCGGAGGUAUGCUUAAUAACUACCUAGGUAUAAAUAAUAAUCAUGGCAUUUUAGGUGGAAAACAGUUUGGAAUGAACUCUGUUGGUGGAGGCAAAAACAACGAUGAUGUGUGGAGAUAUUCGCAAAGUGGUAAGAGCGGAAUGAAUAAUACUGGACACUUUGGAAGCGGUGGAAUAAAUAUGAACAUGAAUUUUGGUGAUAUGAAUAAUAGCGGAGGAAACAGCCUGUUAGGUUCAGGAGGUAAGGGUUUGAUGGGAUCUGGAAUUGGCUCCCUGGAUGCGCACGGCGGUAUGGGUUUGUUAGGAAAGAUGGGCCAGGGAAAUUUAGAAUGGAGAAAAAAUGACGGAGAUAAAUUGAAGGGAUUCUUUGAUUCUACACGCGCUGUUGAAUCUCCAGAUGCAUGGAGAAAUAGUAACCAAAGCGGAGGAGGAGGUAAAAACAUAGCAGAAAAUAGUUGGCUACAGAAGCAAAGUCAAUUAAAAGCAGAUAAGUAUACAUGUAUGAUGAGGAAGUUGAGAGGUAUCCUUAACAAACUCACUUUCGAAAAAUUUGACCUACUGUAUGAACAAAUAAUACUUGUAGGAAUAACAAAGUUAGAAGAAAUAAUAGGUUUGAUGAAAUUGGUUUUCGAAAAAGCAGUAACGCAACAUCACUUCGUACAGAUGUAUGUGCAGCUGUGUAAAAAAUUGAAUGUCCACUUCCACAACAUGAAGUUGGAAGACGAGAGUAUUGUUCAGUUUAAGAAAAUCUUAAUUAACCAAUGCCAAGAUUCCUUUGAGAAUAACUUAAAGCCAAUUGAAUACCCAAGCCAUUUAACGAAUGAAGAGGAAAGGUUUGAAUUUGAGCAGAUGCAUAAGAAUAAGGUUAGAGGAAAUAUGUUGUUCGUUGGAGAGCUAGUGAAGUCGGGUAUUAUCUCCAUACCUAUCGUUUUUGUUUGUAUUAAACAGUUGUUGGAGAAGAGAGAAAGCUACAUCUCCGCUAAGAAUGACACCAAUGAAGGGAAUUUACACUUGGAAGCCUUAUGUAUGUUUCUGAACACCGUUGGUGAAAUACUUGAUACACAUGAAAAGGCUAAUCAGGAAAAAGUGAAGGAGCUGUACAAUACUCUUCACGCCUUGAUAAAUGAUGAGAGCAUUACUUUCCGUGUUAGAUGCCUUAUCAAGGAUGUUAUUGACAACAGAAAUGAAAAAUGGAACAAGAAAUUUGCCCACAAGUUAGAGGGACCCACCACUCUCAGUGUGUUGCACGAUAAAAUAUUAAAAGAAUCCAUCGACCAAAAUAGUAGAAGCUUCAAUAGCAGCAGUAACAUGAGUAGCUACCAUGACAGUAAGAUGAACAGUAGCCUUAGCAGCAUGAGGAACAAUCUCCUACGUAACGUCAAUUUUAAUAUGGGUAGUAGUAACACUGGCGGGGGUUCGAACAUUGGGGGUAGUAGUGGCCUUGGUGGCAACAGUAGCUCCAGUACAGCGUUUAGCAUGAUGAGCAUGAGGAAUCUUGGUGGAGGAAUGAAAAAUGUGGAUGCUAAUAAAAAUAUGAAGAAACUCUCCCUAAAUUUGAUGAAGGCCAAAACUGCGAGUGCUUCAAAAACGAUGGGCGAUGAUAUGAUGAAAGGUGGAGCACUUGGAGGUGUAGGUACGUCAAACCAAGACGGAGCAUCCAAUACCUCUGGUGGCAGUUUCUUCGACAUGAUGUCAAAGAAUCAUUUCGCCUUCAAGAAUAACCAACAAACCUUUAUGAAUAAUGAAAGUGGUAAUACGGCCAGUGGCACGACCAACAGUGGUACCAACAGUGGCACUAGCAGUGGCAACAGCGGAGGAGGCGGGCUAUUUAGCAGCAUGAAUUCUAGGUUCUCGGAGAAGGAAAAGAGCGGAAACAGUGGAAGCGCCAAUGAAGGAAAUUUCUUCAUGCGAAACUUGAACUUGAAGAAGAGCGGCGAGGGAAGCAGUGCAAAUGACGGGAUAGGUAAAACGGAAGAGCAGUCCAAUGAAGGCGCAACCGGCGUAGAAACCAUAUUGGCGAGGGAAAAGGGAUCCCCAAAUGACGAAGCGGGAAAUAGCGCCCAAACGACGGGAACAGCUAACGCAGGGUCAAAUGGCGCAAAUGACGAAAGCGCCUUCAUCGAAGUGUACCUCCCCAAGCUGAACGAAAUUCUAGAGAUGUCCACCAUCACUGGUUCAGAUGAAUGGGAAACGCUGACGAGGAAAAUCGAGAAUUUGAAUAUCCCCCCGAAAUUUAAUGAAAAAUUACAAGCCAACAUUUUAAAGCUUACCCUUAAGAAAUAUGCCUGUAACAAAAACGUGGAGAAAAGUGAAGAGUAUUUUAACUGGCUAAUUUCCAUUGUCCUGUUGAAUAAAAUAGACUUAGAAUCUUUUAAGCCAUGUUGGAAAACCUUCAUGUUGGAGAAUGAUGAAAACAGUUAUGAGUGCACAAAGGAGGACUACCCUCUUCUGCCAUUCCUCGCGAAGAAUUUCAUCAAAGCAAUUGAAAUGCAUGACAAGAACCACCUACUUUACGAUGCGGCCACCAUUGAUCAAAUGAAGAACAUCAUUUGA